ACUUGAUGAGGUGCUGAAUGUCGAAUCUUCAGCAAUCGGGGCAACUACCGAAUACUUGAUAGGAACGAAGUUCGAACCUCAUCGUUCCACGACGAACCCUGAGAGAUAAAUUUCUCUCGCAGAGAUCACAUCCACACAGCGAACUCACCUGAAACGAAUUAUCUGCCCGGGCAAACACGCGUUACAAUGUCCAAGGCACGCGCCGCCGCCGGGGGCGCAGACCAAAUCGUCAAGCUUCUCGUCGGAGCCGGCCAGGCGAGCCCUAGUCCUCCCGUCGGUCCAGCACUGGGAAGCAAAGGUGUCAAAUCAAUGGACUUUUGCAAGGAAUUCAACGCAAGGACAGCACACAUCAUCAUGGGCACCCCGACGCCUGUUCGCGUUACCGUCCGACCAGACCGAACCUUUUCUUUUGAUAUCCGGACGCCUCAGACCUCAUGGCUGCUGCUCAACGCCGCCGAUGCCCCAAUUGGACGCAAGGGCAAGAGGAAGGGAACUGGCCUGGCAGGCAAGGAGACCGUCGGCUCAGUGAGCCUCAAGCACAUCUACGAGAUCGCCAAAAUCAAGCAAACGGAGAUGAGGUUAUCAGGCCAUUCUCUAGAAGGGCUUUGCAAGUCUAUUAUAUAUCAGUGCAAGUCUAUUGGCAUAGAAGUCAAGCCUUGAGAUCUGAUACUUUUCCGCUGCUUGAUAGAAAAGAUAGCUUUUAUUGUUGGGAAAAUUUUGUAUUAUAUUGUAUCACUUUGGCUUAUUAUUACCAACUCUCAAACUUGGACGCAGUUUUUAUCCGGGAGUUCAACGGAUGGUGUGUUUAAUGAUGUAUAAUGUGAUUUAAAUUCUAGUCGAUUGACG